UUGUGGAAGAAACUCGCACAGGAUUGGCUGAGACUGCCUAAACAUUUUUGUGAUAAGUCGUUAGUGCGGUCCUGCCGUCCCCCAGCACACAAAGCAAUACAACCUCGCAUAACGGAUCCUUAUUUUUUCGUCUGAUUGAGAGCACAUACUCAGCUAUCCUGGACCUGUCAUCCUCCUCCCUCUCAGACAUGUCGUAUGUCUUCAUCAACGACUCCACGCAAACCAACGCGCCGCUUCUGCAGGCGUGCAUCGAUGGAGACCUGGCCUACGCCAAGUGUCUGUUGGAGUCUGGGUCCGACCCCAACAUGAGGGAUAGCCGGGGCCGCACCGGGAUGCACCUGGCCGCGGCCCGUGGCAACGUGGACACGUGCCGACUGCUCCACAAGUUUGGCGCUGACCUGCUGGCCACUGACUACCAGGGAAACACCGCCCUGCAUCUGUGCGGCCAUGUUGACACCAUCCAGUUCCUGGUAUCGAACGGACUCAAGAUCGACAUCUGUAACCACAAUGGAACUACGCCCCUGGUGCUAGCGAAGAGGAGAGGCGUGAACAAAGAUGCCAUUCGCCUGCUGGAGGGCUUGGAGGAGCAGGAGGUGAAGGGCUUCAACCGCAGCAGCAUGCUCUCCAAGCUGGAGGCUCUGCAGAUGGCCGAGAGCGAGAGUGCUAUGGAGAGCCACUCCCUCCUCAAUUCAAACUUGCAGAACAGUGAGGGGGUGCUAUCCAGUUUCAGGACCACCUGGCAGGAGUUUGUGGAGGACCUGGGCUUCUGGAGGGUUCUGCUGCUUCUGGUGGUUAUCGCCUUGCUGUCGCUGGGCAUCGCCUAUUACGUCAGCGGGGUUCUUCCCUUUACCGCCAAUCAGCUGGAGCUUGUGCACUGAGACUCUGGGACCACUUUAGCCACCAGGUGGUGGGGGCUGGACUGUGGUGUUUUUAAAAAAAUGAAUUCUACUGGAUCUCUCAUGGUCACAUGUUGGGUUGGAGAACAGAUGACCUCUAACUGGAGAUGAUGGAGAGGCCAUGGGCUCAUUCCAAUCGCUUACUUUUUUCCACUUUUUUCCUUUCCUUGCUCCUGACCCCGGAAAUCGAUUAAGCUCACCAUCUUUAAGGACAUUCCAACCCCUUAAAUGUUCCUUCUAGGAGCUAGAAGUUAGGAACUCCUGAUCCUUCCUUUGAGCAAGAACACAUCACCACAUCCUUUGCGGAAGUAUUUUUUCAGAAAGCCUGACGUAUAAAUGACAUGACAUGACAUGACAUGACAUAUAGAUCCACCUCUCCCCAUAUGCCACGCAUCUGCCGCGAAUGUAACUGACGUGGUUUCAAACUGUUAUUUGAAGUAGCAAGGACAGUCAUUCUAUUUGCCUAAUUCACGUUUUCUCGACUUCCCCGUCUUUAUUUCUUUUUCUGUCAUCUUUUCCUGUCCUUUCUCGAUGAGUGAAGCUGGGGCAAGAAAAGGAGAAAAGAGGAGAAAAAUAAGGGAAUGGAAUGAGCCCCAUAUUCCUUCUCCAUGUAAAUUGGAUCCUUACCUAAAUGGUAGGCGUUCAUAUUUUUUUGUGUGUCCAAAAAGCCUCUACCGAAUUUGUAGCAAAUACACUUCAAUUCAUCUUUCAGUGUUUGCAAGGAUCAUGCAUUCCUAAAUGCAUUUGAAAUGCCUUUCAUUGAGCAUUAAUGCAUUACAUUGCGUGCAUGAUGAAGUAUUUAAUUAUUAUAUCACUCAGCAUUUGUACCAAGUAAGAUUUUAAGCAGGAUGAGGCUUGUUAUUUAUCCAUUUCUGUUGUGGCUGUGGGGAAAAAAAGGCCAGCAUGCUAUGUUUCAUACCUUUUCUAUAUUUCUGGAGCUUAUUAGCAGUAAUAUAUUACAAGUCAUUUAUUCAAUUCACCAGACUUACUUUUACAGUUUACAUCCCACUGUAAAACAUGACAGAACAAGCAAAUGUGCUCAUAUUCUAUGGUGACAUUAAAAUACUGUUCCCUAAGGCAAGCACUAACUGCAUUCCUUAUCCAACUUAUUUCUGCACAACCAUAUAUAAGCUGUUAUAAUCAUAUCCAUGCUAUUUAAAAUCAACUAAAGCAUCUGUAAAUGGCUCUCAAUAUAUUGUAUCCACAUUGGUAUCACCUUAAAUACUGUAGUAUGUUCAACAAGUAAUAGCAACUAUGUAUGAGUUGAGUAUUCAGUUCUGCAUUAACAGUGUGUAAUUAUAUUCUUAUCUGUCUUGUUUUUAAUGGUGCUUUUCUGGCGCUUUGCUGACAGAAUUCCAUAAUACAGGAUUAUACUUUUGCUUGUGGUGUAAUUUAUUAUGCUAAUAUACAAUAUUACUUAUUGUAUGUUGUGUCCUUUUCAUGUGCUGUGAACCAUUUUCUUGUUGCUGCUUUCCAUUGUAAUUAUGUUGUCCUUAUCAGACUUGAAUGGAAAAUCUAAUCGCAAUGUGCUUCAAUAAAUAUUUCAUAAAAUCAAAUAA